CCCCGUCGAUGAAGCGGCCCCCAGGAUGAUGCAGGACGUCUCCGGCGGCCCCGCCGACGAACAGCGUGCCUCCUCCAAGUCGGUGCUGCUCAACACCUUCGUCGUGAAGAAGAAGCGGUGCCGCGUGUACUUUCAUCGCGGCACGCUCAUCUGGGAGACCGAACGGCCGCCUUACACCAGAUGGACCCUGCCCUUGACGGACGUGCUGGCGGUGCGCUACGGCGACGACUGGAUCCCGGGGGUGAGCGUCAAGGAGAAGCAGCCGACGCAGCCGACCUCGCCGGCCACGGUGUGCCCGACGAACUUCAUCCUGCACUACGCCGUGCGCGGGCCCAAGAACAAAUGGAGGCACCACAGCGUGACGAUGAGCCACACGGAUCCCAGGCAGGUCGCCUCGUGGGUGAAGACCAUUCGCAAUUACCUCCUAGGUCUGACGUAUCGGCCGCGUAAGGUGAUGCUGUUCAUCAAUCCCAUAGGCGGUAAGAAGAAGGGCAUCAAGAUCUGGGAGAAGGAUAUCCAGCCGCUGAUGACCAUCGCCGGCAUCGAGACAAAGAUGAUGGUCACGGAGCGUGCCGGCCACAUUCGCGACGCUCUGCUCACGGCCGACUUGAGUGACCUACAUGCGGUGGUGUGCAUCGGCGGCGAUGGUACGUUCUCCGAGGUGUUCAACGGGCUGAUUCUGAGGGCGGCGAAGGAUCAGCAGAUCGAUCCCAAUGACCCUGACGCCAGCCUACCCAGUCCCGCCUUGCCUGUCGGCGUUAUACCCAGCGGUAGCACAGACACGGUCGCCUAUAGCCUGCACGGCACCACCGACGUGCAGACCGCCGCCAUACACAUCAUCUUCGGCGAUUCGAUCGGUCUGGACAUCUCAUCGGUUCACAACAAUCGCACCUUGCUCAGGCUCUACGCCAGCGUGCUCAGCUACGGCUAUCUGGGCGACGUAAUCCGCGACAGCGAAAAGUUCCGCUGGAUGGGACCCCGUAGAUACGAUUGGUCCGGAUUUAAAAAGAUAUUAGCGAACAAGGGCUACGAGGGCGAGAUCGAGCUGCUGUCGGACCCGUGUCACCCGGCGGGCAGCACCAGGUGCAUGAAGAAUUGCUUACGCUGCUUGCAGCACAUGCACAAUAGCGUCCCCGACGAGGAGAUCUCCAGGUGGGUGACGGUCAGGGGGAAGUUCUUCAUGGUGAACGGCGCGAACGUGUCGUGCGCGUGCUCGAGGAGUCCAAUGGGCUUCAGUCCUCACUGUCAUGUGGGCGAUGGCUGCGUGGACGUGAUCCUAAUUCGACACACGUCCCUAAUAAACAAUAUCAGAUUAUUGCUCAGGCUGUCCAGCAAAAGAAAGACUGUGUACGAGCUACCGUUCGUCGAGGUCUACCGGGCGAGAGAGUUCAUGUUCCGCGCCCUGCCGUCGCUGCAGUUCGAGAACGGGUUGAACGCGGCCCGCUCGAGCUCCCAGCUCAGCGUGUGGAACUGCGACGGCGAGGUGAUCGAAAACACCAAUGUGAAAAUCAGGGUACACUGCCAAUUACUGAAGGUCUACACGAGACGGGCUCAGGAAUCGGUCCGGGAACCGACGUGCCUCAGCUGUUCCACGUGAACGAGCCGAGCGAAGUGACGAGGUCGUCGAACGGCCAGGCUUCAAGGCACCGCUGGACGCUUUCAAGGGCGCAAAGUUCCUUUGUCUUGCCCUAUUACGACCACGAUAUCUUACGCCAUAACGCAGAUUGAUGAGAAACAAAAAUCGCUCGUUCCUCUACGCCGAAGUAAAAGGAGCGAACAAUUUUCUUUUCAUCAGUCCAACAUUUCCAAGCGUGUUCAAGCGAGAACAAUUUCACGCGUUGAAUACGCUCUUCCACAUUACUCCCUGGAUAAGUUACUUUUAAUUUAUUACUGGCAGCGACGAGUAAAGCUUGUUCUCCUAAAAAUCGCUGUUACGAGUUUUACGAAUUUUACCUCGGGUGAGCAAGCUUGACUCGUGGCCGCUAAUCCGGAAUUAAAUUCAUAAUUAUUAGUGUAAUAUGUAUGUAUAUUAGUAAUAUUACAAAAUUCUCUUAACUCUAGAGAGGUGACGUAAGUAAAGUUUGCUUGCUACCGAGUCUGGAGUUACGAAGGAGGGAUUUUGCAAAUGUUGAUUGUAAUAUUGACCAGAAUCGAGGGACCUGCUGGACACAGGUGAUUGAUUAAAGAGCGGCGCGCGAGCUUACGUAAUCUCUCCUUUACGCCUGCGUGUAAUCCGCCUCGCGCGCACAAAUUUAUUUAUAACUUCUUUAUCGUUGCAUUUGACGACUGUUUGGCGAUUGAUGUGCUUUCCGAGAAUACGUUGAACAUUCCACCUGUCGGCGCGAUGCGAGCCGCAUGGCGCUCGAAUUAAUUUUAUACGCGCAUCGACGCGAUAUUUCCUACACGAAACGUUAACGCAUAAACACAGUCGCGAUGUAUAUAACACCGUCGCGUCUCGAUUACCAUUUCGCGCUUGUCGCGCGUAUUUUCGUUAGAUAUUCGCUAAAAGCCGACCUAGAGACUGCAUUUGUCAUGGUCUCUUCGCGACGCAGAAAUCAACGACGACUCUACCAAGCCGAUAUCAUCUACGUUUUGUACUUAAAACGUUUUAUUAUCGACGCCUACGAACUCGAAGCGACAAGUGAUAAACGUGGCAAUUAUUGUUACUUAAAUUUAUAUGUAUAUACAUAUGUUAUUGAUUGUAAAUUUACUUCUAUGAUAAAUUCGCAAUCAAUAGCAAACGCAAUUUCAUCGGCGUAAUAAAUUAAAACGACAAUUGAUAAUUACUUUAGUCAAAUUUAAAGCUUCGCUUGUAAAAUCUCGAUCCUCGAACGCGAAACACGCACUUGACACCUUAAUUAAAUCACCAGCUUUUUUAAAAUGUUAUUUCGGUAAACUUUUGUGGAAAGACAAUCAAGAGGUGCGAGAGUGGUGCUUUAAUUUUACGAACUUCAAGGCUUAUGAUUUAAGUCGAUGCGAUCGAAUUAGCAAUUAGCGAGCUUUCUUUUCUAAUAGCUUCUAUAUCUUUAUCCGCGAAAGUUCAAAUUAUAGAAUAUUUGUAUGUACAUUAACUGCAUACGAGCGAGGGAGCGUAAUGUGGUAACAAAAUGCGAUUAUUCGCGAUUAAAAUGCAAACGUUUAUGCAAAUGUGCGGGAUUCUUAAUUGCAUUGUCAAUGCUUCAACGUUCAACAAGCUCAAUUGUCUUGGAUGAGACAAAUUUUCCAUAAUUGUAACAACUUGCGGAAAGCCACGUGCCUUUUUCUUUCAGCUCUAGAUUCGACCGAAAUAUUGACAUGUAAUUAAGAAUUAUCGUUCUACACAUUUUUACAGGAAGUAAGUGAAGAGAAGCGUAACAAUAAAAAAAAAUCUUUCCGCGCGCGAUAAAAGAAAAGUAUAUAUUUCGGUUUUACAACUUUUCUGUUUGCUUCCCGUGUAUUUGCAUAAACACCCGCGGUCUGAACCGCUAGAAUCCCCGACAAAUUCUCUUGAUGGUCGAGCAAAGUGGAAUACAGUUAAGCGCGGCUUGUACCGCAAAUAUCGUAUUUUUUUAGUGCUCCAAGCAGGUGCUAUUUUGUGUCGUGGGAAAUUAGACGUAGACGGGUUCCGCUGCACGUGUCGAAGCGUAAUCGACGGAUUACGGACAGCAUAAAUGGCACUAUACAUAUAAGCAGUAUCAUAUCCUACCAAUGGCCAAGCCAUAAAAAAUUCAUCAGGGAAGAAGAGCUAUAACGCUCGCGAUCGUCGCGUUUGCUGCCGGUUAGACAAUGUUGACGUCACGCGGCAACUAGGGAACGAUGCAAUACGCGAAAUAUAUUUUAAGAGAGAUUACUUUGAAGUAUAUUUUCUGACGAAAGAUUAGGCUCCGUAAGCGCAUAAGAUUUCAAUCGUGCGCAGAUUUCAUUCGUUCCUUUUAAAUAAUAACAUAUCAUAGAUUUGUAUCGAUCUAUAUAGGAUCGCGCGUAUGGAGAUGCAUAUUUUUUGAUUUGCGAGGCGUUAUUCGCGCAAAUUCAGAUGAUGUCUUCUUAAAGGGCGGCUUAGACUUAAUGUGCAUUAACGAAAUAGUAUCACCGAAGCAUAUAGUGCAUACGAUAUCAGAACUUGUACAGAUAUGUAUGGGGCGUCCCAGAAAGCUCGGUGACCCUUUCACAGGCUCGGUGGAACAUUUUAAGACGAAAAUCCCGGGCCGUAAAAAUGCCGAAGAUGUCAUAUAGCAAAUUCGGUUGCUUGCACUAGUGCGCACUCAGUGUGCACUAAGACUUGUUUACAAUUCUUAUAUUCAAGGGUCGCUUUAAACCUCUCGAAACACUCCUUACAGCCAGCAAAAUGAUCCGUACAGUAUCCGUACGAACCAUUUUUUUUUGGCUAAAUAGUCUUUGACCAGGUAUUUAAGAUGACCAUCGAUAAGAAUUGACUCCGAACAAGUAUGCACUCAGUGCAACCGAGUUCGCUAAUAAUUUUUUAACGGGAAGCAUAGUUGCACCGAGAAGUCUUUGAAAAUGAUUUCAGUGAAAUAAACAUUAUAUGCCACAAAUAAAUUUUCAAAGACUCUUUUCUCCGUGUGGCUGAUCAGUUCGCGAAAAUUUCACGUGCUCGCGCAUGGUACACUAGUGGUAUAACGUUCGCGGAGCGCGCUAUUAACGCUGAAAAUGUCACCUUUCUUUGGCACAUAAUGAGCAGCAAGGAUAGAACGAUGACAUACAUUUUCUAUAAAUGUAUAUGCGAAAUGUGUAAAUGUGUUGAUAUGUGCACAAAUUCAUGUAGGAAGG